AUGGUUCUCAUUGAAUGCAAGCGACUGCCAAAAGAUGAGUACAGCAAGGACUACGAUGUUUUUCUGGUGUCGAUACCUGGAGUCACAAAUAUUGGUGAGGCGACGGAUGUGCUGCAACAAAUGCGAAAUACACGUGUGCGCAUCAAGUGGAUGAUGGCGGCCGCGAAACAACUUGCGAAAGACUUCUGUUCAGAGGAGCAGCAGCACCACCUUCUGGGUCCUGUUGCUGACGCUGAGCGUUACAUGUCACUUGAACGAGCAGAAAGGCGGUUGACAUGCACCCAGAAAGAGUUAGACGAUCUGGUUGAUGCAUUCAAGGGGGGCGCCAUGAUUCUCUUCCCGGCUGAGUGCAGUGGGACGGAUGCGGUAAAACGUUUAGCACAACUUUUGGAUGAUGACAACACCACCGACACGGAGCGAUCCAAGGCACACCGCCUUUUGAGCAUUAUAGACGAUGGGGCAACGACAGAGGAUAUCCUGCAGGGUGUGGCGACCAUGUGGUGGAGCGGCAAACAACUCGAUCGAGCUGCCGACUUUACAAAGUACGUGGGCAAGAACGAAAAGACAAAGAUUACGGUAAAACUUACGGCCAAGGAUGCUCCUGCACCCCCGCGAGAACCUGCAUUAGAUGCCAAGGCGCAGUCUGAGCUUAUGGCUUACUACUUCAGGAAACAGGAGGAAAUGAAGAAGAUGAUAGAAGACGAGGAUCUCAGCUACGGCAACAGCGCCUGGGCCAAUCCACAGGGCCUCAAGUCUCAACUGCAUGGCUUCGAUUCGGUGAAGUUCAAGCCGGGGUAA